UCCUUCCAUUUCCCUUCCCCAUCACCGCAUCUUCCUCGCCUCCGUUCCCCGAUGGCUCGCCUGCUCGCGCAAAGCCUAGCCCGCCCCUCUCCGGCCACCGCCUCCGUCCUCCCGCCGCUCCGCGGGCUCUCCACCAAGGUCGAGCUCAUCGAGAUCGACCUCGCCGAGGAGGACCCGUCGUCGGUCGAGGUCGUGGGGAUCCGGCGCAUGGAGGAGGCCAUCCACGGCGUGAUGGUGCGGCGGGCCACGCCCGAGUGGCUCCCUUUCGUGCCGGGCGGGUCCUUCUGGGUGCCCCCGGUGCGGCGCCCCCGCGGGGUCGCCGAACUCGUUGGCCGGAUCGCGGCGUCCGGGGUCGGCGAGGUGUCGUACGAGGCGGAGCCCUACGUCCCCAUGACGGAGGAGGAGGUGCUCUCCCUCUCCACGGCCCGGGGGUGGCCGUCGGCGGCCUACUUCGUCGAAGGUGAGCGGGACGAGUGAACCGAGAUCCGAUCUCGCGGUUGCGUGGAUUAUUCGAUGAGUUCGAUCGAACGGUAGAAAACAUACUCCUCCAUCCGUUUCCAGAUUUCCUUGUGGAAUUAGACGAUGGGCUGUCAGAUUUAUGCUGUAUCUGCUCAACUUGGUAUUCAAAUUCAGGCUGAUAGCAUCGGUGAAGCACACCGGAAAGCGGUUGAGCCAUUGCGCAUCUCUCAUGGUGUUGCUGUUGAAUGUGUUCAGUUUAUUGUCUAUAUGUUUGUUAUGAGAUGAUUAUUCGCCUUCAGCCGUCUCUGGUUGAAGAUUAUUAUAGUGGAAUGAAACAUGGUAAUUAACGGUUGUG